UCCGCUUUCUGGGGUUUUGCUAUCUGUCUUGGCGCGAGACUUGUCUGACUCUCAGAUUUGUGAAAUAUCAGACUGAAACAACCCUAAUAAUUGAUGGAAACCUCUUCAUUUUAUACUCCAGCGGCUUCUUAACACGGAACCUGUCGAGGAACAGCGUUUAAACUAUCUGAUAAGACUAAACCGUCACCUUUAGGCAGUCUGAGUGUGUGGACUUAUUCAGGAUGAAUUGUGAGCUCUUGGCAACGUGCACUGCUCUUGGCUAUCUGGAGGGAGACACCUAUCACAAAGAAGCUGAUUGCUUGGAGAGUGUGAAAGACUUGAUCAGGUAUUUACGCCAUGAAGAUGACACUCGGGACGUCCGCCAGCAGCUGGGUGCAGGCCAGAUUGUACAGAAUGACCUUCUGCCCAUUAUCAUCCAGCAUGGACAAGACAAAGCCUUAUUUGAUGCCUGCAUCAGGCUCAUGGUCAACCUUACUCAGCCUGCGAUGCUUUGCUUUGGUAAAGUCCCUGAUGACCCAGUGUUUAGACAUCACUUUUUGCAAGUGACGUCUCAUUUACAAGCCUGUAAAGAGGCAUUUGCCAGUGAAGCGGUGUUUGGCAUUUUAAGUGAGACAUUAUACACGCUUCUACAACUGGACUGGGAGCAGAGACAGGAGGAGGAUAACCUGCUGAUAGAGAGGAUCCUGCUGCUGGUCAGAAAUGUGCUUCAUGUACCUGCCGACCCAUGUGAAGAGAAGAAAGUGGAUGAUGAUGCCAGCAUCCAUGAUAGGCUGCUGUGGGCCAUUCACAUGAGCGGUUUCGAUGACCUGAUCAAGUUCCUGGCGUCGGCCCAGAGUGAGCAGCAGUGGAGUAUGCAUGUGUUGGAAAUAAUCUCCCUGAUGUUCAGAGACCAGACACCGGAAGCUUUGGUGAGCGCCGGUCAGGCUCGUACAGCAGAAGAGAAGCACAGAGACACUCAGGAGCUGGAGGCACUGAGGGAGAAGGAGCUCGCAGCCAAACGCUCCCGCACAUUACAAAGAGGAACCAGACACUCUCGCUUUGGAGGGUCCUACGUUGUUCAAGGCCUCAAGUCGAUUGGGGACAAAGAUGUUAUUUAUCACAGAAAUGUUCAUAAUUUCAAAAACUAUACUCAUGACAUGGGCAAAGCAGUGAGACGUGUUCCCAAGAGAAAUCGACAGGCUCGGGAAUGUAAGGACAAACGUCGCUCGGCCUUAAAUGUUCGACUCUUCCUGCGAGAGUUUUGUGUGGACUUCUUGGAGAACUGCUACAAUCGCCUCAUGUACCUUGUUAAGGAAAGUCUAAUUCGAGAGCAAAGUCAGCAACAUGACGAGACGUACUACCUCUGGGCGCUCAGCUUUUUCAUGGCCUUCAACCGUGGCAACGGUUUUCGUGCUGACUUAGUUUCUGAGACCAUGUCCAUCCGUGCUUUUCAUUAUAUUGAGCGCAACAUCACCAACUACUACGAGAUGAUGCUCACAGACCGCAAGGAGGCCACGUCCUGGUCACGCAGGAUGCACCUGGCACUAAAGGCAUAUCAGGAGCUGCUGCUAACUGUAAAUGAGAUGGACCGCUCACAGGAUGAAAGCAUCCGUCAGAGUAGCAGCGUAAUUAAAAGUAACAUAUUUUACCUGAUGGAAUACAGGGAGAUUUUCUUGACCCUACUGAGGAAGUAUGAUGAAACCAGACAGCCUCACUCCUACCUCAAAGACUUGGUGGAGUCAACGCAUCUCUUCAUGCGCAUGUUAGAGCGCUACUGCAAAGGUCGCAAUAGCUUGAUGGUUCAGAAAAAGAGGGUGAAGCGAAAAAAGUCUCGAGGUCAAAAAAAGCCCUCGGCUGCAGAAACUAGUCCAGAGGCUUUGGCAGAGACCUGGAAGGUUGUGGAGGAAGAGCUGAAGGCUUCAGGGUUUCAGUUGUCAGAGUCUUUAACUGAAAGCAUUGUGCCAUUUGAUGCCACAUCUGACACUCCUCUUGAGGAGCAGCGCACUGACGCCAUGGUGCGGGUGCAGGAUGCCCUGCUGAUUCGACUGGGACCAGAAGCACUGGGGCUGCUGCGUGCUGCCAGGGAGGUGUGGCCAGAGGGAGAUGUUUUCGGUUCAGCUGAUGUGGAACCUGAGGAGGAACUGGAACUCCUGAAGCAGAUCCUGCAUGCCAACCUGCCAAGGUCAUCUCCUCCUGAGCCUGCCGUGGAGGAGGAUGAUGAUGCAGCAGAGUUAGAAGAGGAAGAGUUGCAGUCGGUCCAGGUUUUCGAAAAAGAGUUCAACUUUCUAGACUUUAUCAAGAGGUUUUCCAACCCCAGUGUCGUGCGUCCAUACCUCCUCUUAUUAAAAUCAUACUCCAAAAACACACCUCACACAAACCACUGCAUCGCUCGAAUGCUGCAUCGCUUGGCUGUCGACCUCAAAAUGGACGCCCAGCUUUUCCAGCUGUCAGUCUUCAACCUUUUCAACAAGAUCCUGAGUGACCCCGCUGCAGCUGCUUACAAGGAACUGGUGACCUUUGCCAAGUUUGUUCUGAACCGUUUCUUUUCACUGGCAGCGCAAAACAACAAGGUAUAUGUUGAACUGCUGUUCUGGAAAAAUGUGGGAGCCGUGCGUGAGAUGACUGAAGGCUACGGCAAAGACGGAGAGGGAAAGAAACCAACAUGGACUGAAGAAGAGGAAGAGGAGUUGCGCAACCUCUACGAGGAGCACCGUCAUUCUGAAGAGCCAGAUAUAGUGGAGACUCUGCUGCCAUUACUCAGCGACAGCACCCGCACUCGGCGCCAGGUAGUGACGCAGCUGGUGCGUAUGGGUCUGGUGGACAAUGCUAAAGAACUGAAGAAACAGAAGAAAGGUACCCGGAUUGUUCUUUGGACUGAGGAGCAGGAGGAGGAGCUGCAGAUGCUCUACGAGGAGUACAAAGACUCUGAUGAUGUGCUGGGUAACAUCAUGAAGAAGCUCACAGCCAAGCGCUCCCGUGCGCGUGUGGUGGACAAGCUGCUUAGUAUGGGCUUGGUGUCCGAGAGACGAGAGCUUUAUAAGAAGAGGAGUCGCAGCGCUAAAGGGACGAGCUCUGGAAAAGGAAUGACUGAAGACGAGUUCCUAGAAGGACUAACACAAGGGUUCACAGAUGAUCCUGGCGACAGAGAUGAUGAAGAUGAGGAAGAGGAUGAGUCUGAAGAGGAAGAGGAAGAGCAAGAAAGGGAAACAUCACAAAAUGGAAGAAGGAGUAGCCAAAGCCUGCACUCACCAGUAGAGAGGAGACCUGAUGUAGGCACCAUGGUGUAUGCUCUACAACAGGAAGGCAUGUCUGAACCCUUGUUGUGGCUACAGAAUUGUCUAAACAGAACAGCAAAUGACCGUCAACAAGAUGGUUUCUCCCAGGAUGUGCCACUUGUUCCUCUGAAAGAGGCAAAUGAAGAAGCCAUGGACAACAAGACCUUCCUGAGGCUGUUGCGCAAACUGGGAAUUCGAGCACCUGCAAAUGAACAGGAGACCUUUUGGAGGAUUCCAGCAAAGAUCAGUGUAUCCCAGCUCCGGAGUGCAGCUGCAGCUCUCAGUCCAAGAGAGGAGGAACCUAAAGGAGGCGAGGAGCAAGACAGCUCCAGAAGUCCAACUGGAGAAUCCCAGGAGACGGAGGUCUCAGGGGAACAGAGAGCUCAGGCUCUGAGAGCUCUGCUGCUCACACGCAAGAGGAAACACCACUCCUCGGAGCAUACAGCCCCUGUGUCAGAUUUCACUCCUGAGGAUACAGACGGUACACAUGAGAGGUCCCAGGAGACGAUCUUGACUAAAAGAAGCAGAGUGUUGGACGAUGAUGAUGAGGAGGAGAAUGAGGAUAACUCCACCACUGCAAUGGAUAUGCAAACCAGCGCUGAUGCCGAUUCAGACAGGGAGGAUAUCUCUGCUCCCGUGAAGCGUAGGCGGAAGAUGGUCUUAAUUGAUGAAGAGGACGAUGAGGAUUAGUGACUUUCUUUAAUGGACUGUAAAAACUGCAGACAGGGGAGACAUAAAAGGCCUUCUCUUUGCUUGUUGGGGGGGAAUACAGCCCUCUGGAGGUCUGCAGUCCAGCCAGCGGAAACUCUAUUAAUGGAAUACCAAACAACCCAAAGAAACAGGCCCUUAGACCGGCCCCUGGGGAUACAUAGAUCCCAUUAAGCAAUUUCAUUUUGUCAUCUCUGCCAGUCUUUUAUCUAGUCGUUCUUUUUAUCUUAGCAUUCUCAGCAUGGAUAUCAUACAGAUGUUGCUGUAUGAGAAAGAUUUAGCUCACAUUAUGUUGUCGAUAACUUUGAUCUGAAAGCUGUUAAAGGUUUCACUGUUUUGAUAAAAUUAUAGCUGCAUUUGUACUUUUUGGUCAUUUCCAUUGCUUUGGGUUUUAGAGUACAAUUAAUUUCUACUUAUUCAUAAUGAUGAUAAUAAUAAA